GUGUUAUGUGAGGAGGGUUUGACUUUGGCUUGGGAGAGUCUUCUUGUCCCUUCUAAGAUCCAUGCAUACCAACCCACCAGAGAAGGAAAACAAACUAGAAAGCAGAGAGUAGUAAGUAUAUUGCUUGAUCUUCCAGAGUAUAGCAAGAUGGAAAAAGAAGCAGUGGAGGGAGGAAACAUUAGAGCAGGGGAAGAAGGGAAGAAGAGGAGACGGUGCGCAUCUUAG